GAUGCUAAAACAGGGUAACAUUCAUAUGUGUGUUUUAUUGUAGGCCAUUCGAACAAGUUUUCAUAGACAUGUACUUGUGUGGGGUGCAAUGUUUCAUUCCACCUAUGAAAUAACAUUUACCAACAGUUACUGAGUUGUGUAAGUGGACCUGGAUCUUCAGAAUCUAAAACUGAGAACGCUGAAUUCAUUCAUGUGCAAUUUUGGUUGCUAAUACAUACUUGCCUUAUCCAAAUAAGCCUAUAGAUACUUUGGUAAUGAUUCACCUAAUGAGUGCUGACUGUAAAGCACCUGGUUAAAUGUAAGACAAUCCUAGGUUACUAUUACCCAAGCUAAUUGCACUUUGAUCAUACAAUGGGUUGUGACUCAUUUGUAUUUAUUUUUGCCAGAAUCACUGAAAUUUAAAUGAUUUGACUUAAUACAUAUUCAUGUCCACUUACCACUCACAAAGUCACAUUGUACUUUGUGUUUUUAGUUUAACUUUUCUUAAUCAGGGGCACUAAAGAGGGUGAAUUUGACUCAAGGUUCCUGCCCUAUGAUGUGAUAACUUAUGUUUUUGAUAUACCUACUUUACAAUCAUGUUCUAAAUAAAGUACUGCUAGCUAGUAUGCAUUCAAAUAUUGUGGACCUGUCCCUUUCAAUUUUGCAAUGUAGAAAUAACGAACACAUGAGCUGCUGCUCUAACAACUUUUGGCCUUUAUCACUCAAACUACAAUUCCCACAAUCCCUUUCACGAAUAAAAUUCUGACGUAAUCGAAAACAUCAUGGUGGACUAGUGUGUGUGUGCAUGGUGCUAGACUUGGAUUAAAACGUCGACCAUAUGGAAUAUAUGUCGAAAAACUGAUAAUUAAAUACGAGCCUCUCUGCAGUAGGACAGAAUGCUUCGCAGAUCCAGGAUCAGUUUUCGCCCGAACGUCAGGCCAGCAGGYAGAGGGCCAGCCCCAGCCUCCUCCCAGGACACUCCACCUUCCCAGGAGGCUCCAGCUGCAGGCUCCCAGGCCUCCGAGGACCUUCCCCAGGCAGGGGGCCAGUGCGUGAAGGACACCACCACAACUGCAGUGCUAGAAGCCUCCACAGAGUCCACCACACCCAGAGAGGAUGGAAAAGACCCAAAUGGCGAGGCUUCCAGCAGCACCCCMUCUGCCGGUCUUCAAAGGAGGAAGCGGUUCUCUGUCAUGCCAAACCUUGCCAAACCCCGGGUGGCCGCCACCCCAGCCCUCACCCGCUCCUCCCCCAGGACCCCCAAGUCCCCUAUGAGAGCGGGCACUGAGACUCCAGCUCCAACCCCUGAGGCUCCAGAGGCCCCCAGACAGACAGAUUCUGGACCCCCACAGGGCAUGAGAUCCCCAAGGCGGAGGCCCUCUGGAGGUAGUAGGCAAGCCAAAGGACAGCCCAAACCCAGGCCACUGUCCCCAGCUUCCCCAGGCCCUACAACAACCUCUCUGGGGAAUGUGGCAGUGGAGGACUCAUCCUURUCACAACAGACCCCGCAGGCAGCAGGCAAAGGCAGCAUCCAAUCAGAUCUCCUGAAAAAAACACCAACCAUUAAAGUUCCAUCCACUYCGUUAGAGAUGGUCCCAUCAUCCUCCCUUCCAGACAAAGAGGGUAUCUCAGUAUCAGAGAGAGCUAAGACUCUGGUCGCCAGGUCUGUGUCUGGUGGGCUCACCGGGCUGGCACCAGGGAAGUCCAGGCUUAGCAGGUUCCUGAAUGACCCAACAGACCUACAGAGGUUGGCUAAGGCCCGGAAGCUCAGAGAGYUGCUGAGACAGGAGAUGAACAAGGAGAAGAAACGGAGCAAAGCCAAGGUGUGUGUGAGCGAAUACACACUAGAUCCCUCUAAAAUGACCAUGAGAGAUCUCAUCUACUACCUGCCUGAUACCAACCCCAUGACGUCUUAUCUGGUAGAGGAACAGAGGGAGAACGAGACUGUCCUCCCACUCACCCCACCAAGAGAAGAGUCACCUGAAAGACCCCCAACACCGGAGGCCCCAGCUGAGACAGCCAGCCAGGGAGAUGAAGAUGAAAAUGAAGAUGAGGAUGACGAUGGGGUGAUGGUCCCGCGGGUGAAGGUGGCAGAAGACGGCUCUCUGAUCAUCGAUGAGGAGAGUUUGACGGUGGAGGUCUUGAGGCAGAAAGGGCCCAACCCAGCUGAUGAUAGAGACCCCAUCUUUGAGCGUGGUUCCACAACCACCUACUCGAGCUUCAGGAAGGGGACACAUGUCAAGCCCUGGUCCAACAAAGAGACGGACAUGUUCUUCCUGGCCAUCAGUAUGGUGGGAACAGACUUCUCCAUGAUUGGACAGCUGUUCCCUCACCGCGGUCGCACCGAGAUCAAGAACAAGUUCAAGAAAGAGGAGAGAGCAAACAGCUGGAGGAUAGACAAGGCCUUCAAGGAGAAACGCAGGCUGGAUUUUGAGUUCUUCACUGGCCUCCUGGAGAAGAUCUUGGCUGCAGAAGCAAAGAGGAACAAAAAUAACAAGUCCCCCACAGAGAAGAUACGGAUCAAGAAAAAAAUCAAACAGAAAGAAAAGAAAGCAGCGAAGCAGCUGAGCGACGUGGAGGAGGAGGGGUUAGACGCGGAGAUGGACACAGAGGAGGUGGAGGAGGAGGGAGAGAAGGAGAACGAGAACGUCUCUAACGAAGUGACCACACUUUCCUCCUCUCCCACCCCGAAGAGAAAACGCAAAAGUAGGAAUGGAGGAGGAGAGUCCUCUCCUGAAGAAGCAAAGGAUGGAAAGAAAAAGAAGAUCGACCUAAUAACAAGUGAUCAAGAAGAGGCUGGUGUACCUGAAGAUUCUGAGGCAGGGCCUCCAGAGAGUUCAAAGCAGGCAGAAGGGCCUGUGGAAGCAGCCAAGGGACCUGUGGUGAUCAAACCAGCCCAGUUGUCCCGUGGCCGAUCCCAGAGACCUCUUCCUAACCUGGGUAGGAAGUGGGGCCAGAGGGGCCCCGAGCCCAAUACCAAGCCCAACGUUAAAGAUGGGGCCACACCUACAGAGGAGGAGAACACUGAAGAAGGGCUGUCUGAAGAACAGGUAGAUAAAGAUGCUUCUCCUUCAGUCAGUCAAAAGGAGAAGAAGAAAGCUGGUGAACUCUCUUCAUCUGAGGGAGAGGAGGAAGAAGCCAACGAUAAACCCAUCAAACCCACCAGGUAUGGCAGAAUACCCAAAAAGACACAGCUCUUGAAUUACCCUGCAAAGGAGGAUGGGGACUCGCCCUCAGACUCUGCCCCCACUCCUGCCUCAGACGGAUCCCCCUCCACUUCUUCCUCCACCAAGCCCAAAUCCAAACCAGCAACCAGGAGGUCCAACAUCAAACCUGGCCCAGUCCUGCCAGGUAGGAAGGGCCAAUCAGCGGCUAGGAAAUCCAAGCUGGUCACCCUCAGGGCGUCCCAGUCUGAAGAUGAGGAUGAAGAUGAGGAAGAAGGAGCAUGGAGAGAGGAGGCGCAGGCCGAGGAGGACACCCACAAUCCCACAAGCCCAGAGGAGGAGAACCAGGCACCUGCGUUCAUUCCCAUGAGCCUUCGCUCGCCACAACCUGUCGCCACAGAGGUUGAGGAGACCAUGGAGGAGCUCGAUAUCUCCGUCAACGUGCCUGAUGUCCUGGGUAUUUCCCAUGAUGCAUUCUGCCCUGACUCGUCAUGCGAGCGGGCACAGGGUGGUGAAAUGGGCACAGUGCCCUGUGAGCAUCAGUUGGACCUGUUAGUAGACGUGAUAGACUUCCUGUCUCCAGAUAACAUGGAAGUAUCUGAGGAGAGCUACAAYGAGGCAGCUAGAACCCUUCUGGCCAUUGGCAACCUCACCCACCUGUCUCAGGCAGCUGAGGCCUUCACUGCAGGAGCAGAUGAUAUCAUCACGGAAGAAUGUUCCAAUGAGGACCAACUGUACCAGAUGACACCACAGCCCACUGACCAAUCACAAACUAGCACCAUUCCUUCUGAAUCUCUUAGGGUCACUGAGGCAUCACGAAUCGCUGAGGAUUCUGUACCUGUUGCCAUGUCAACAGCCUCUAUCCCAGUCUCCAAAAUAACAGCCUCUGUUAUAAUUACCAUGGCAACAGCCUCAGUCCCAGUCACCACGACAACAUCCUCUGCUCCAGUCACCUUGACAACAACGUCCUCUAUCCUAGUCACCACAUCAACGGCAUCUGUACCAGUGCCUCAGAGCAGUGAUACUCCCACUCUAGAAACUCCACCCAUAGAGGAGGGGCCUCUCAGACAGAUGGAGGGGACUGAUAUUGGACACGCCUCCAAGAUGGAAUCAGGUUCUGAAGUGUYAGAGGGCUCAGAGCAACAGACAACCUCACAGACCAGGAGGAGCCACUUCCCUAAGGUCAAACCCAACCUGGGAAGGGCUGCUAGGACCACACAACCCAAACAGACUACCACCACACUGUCAGAACCACCACAGACUACCACCACACUGUCAGAACCACCACAGACUACCACCACACUGCCAGCACUACCACAGACUACCACCAUACUGUCAGAACCACCACUAGAUUCUAUGCUGAAUAUCACCACAACCUCAGAACCAGAGCCUACCAUGAAUAUCACCACAGAACCACCACUGCCUACUGAGAGUAUUAACACAGAGUCAGAAACACAGCCCAAACAGAGAACUACUGCACACUCAAAAUCACACUCCAAGCAUCAGCCCACCACAAAUAUCAUCCCACACUCAGAACCACUGCCCAUUCAGAAAACCAGACAGCGUAUUCAAAACCACAGCCUGCAUUGAAUUCACCACCAAACACACUCUCAAACAACAAUCCACACAGAGUACCACCAUACUCUCACAACCACACGCCACCCAAGCCUUGAGCAGCCAGGUCCAGUUACACUCAGACCCAGAGCCCCAGUCCCAGAGUCACCUCUGUGGUCAUCAGAAGAGGUGAAAGGUCACGAUGGCCGUAAGGGAAUACUUCCUCUUCCCUCAGUGCUGGAGGUCCCAGUCAGGACAUCAGACUCAGACCAGCCCAAACAGACAGGCCCUCAACCGUAGGGCCCGUUUACCUAAACCCAAACCCAACUUGCGUCGUGCCACUACACACCCUGCAGUCAGGUACCAGAAAGCAGGCCAAACCCUGAAGUCCAGACACCAGAUGUGGCUUCCAGACCCACAUCUGAGGUCCAGAGACUAGAUACUGGACCCUGCCCUGAAGUCCAGACACCAGAGGAAGCUGAUGAGGUUCCAUGGAAAUACAACAGAUCCACCAAGUCGUCCCCCUUUCUGACAUCAUCGUACUACCCAGGAGGAAAUACAACAGAUUCACCAAGUCAUCCCUCAUCCACCCAUAGAGGAGGGGCCUCUCAGACGAGGGAGGGGACUGAUAUUGGACACGCCUCUCAGGUGGAAUCAGGUUCUGAAGUGUCAGAGGGCUCAGAGCAACAGACAACCUCACAGACCAGGAGGAGCCACUUCCCUAAGGUCAAACCCAACCUGGGACGGCUGCUAGGACCACUCAACCCAAACCCCAACUGACUACCACCACACUGUCAGAACCACCACAGAUACCACCACACUCUCAGAACCACAGCCAUUCGAGAGAACCAGAAUAGCUCAUUCAAAACCACAGCCUGCAUUGAAUACCACCACACAGUCAGAACCGCCCCAGCCCACACUAAAUUCCACCACAAACACACUCUCAACAAACAAUCCACACAGGUACCACCAUACUCUUCACAACCACAGCCCACCCCAAGCUUGAGCAGCCAGGUCCAGUUACACUCAGACCCGAGCACCAGUCCCAGAGUCACCUCUGAGGUCAUCAGAAGAGGUGAAAGGUCACGAUGGCCCUAAGAAAAUACUUCCUCUCCCUCAGUGCUGUAGGGUCCCAGUCAGGGACAUCAGACUCAGACCAGCCCAAACCGACAGGUCCCCCAACCCGCAGGGCCCGUUUACCUAAACCCAAACCCAACUUGGGUCGCACGCCCAAGCCGCUACACGCUCUGCAGUCCAGGUACCAGAAGGCAGGCCAAGCCCUGAAGUCCAGACACCAGAUGUGGCUUCCAGACCCACAUCUGAGGUCAGAGACUAGAUACUGGACCCUGCCCUGAAGUCCAGACACCAGAGGAAGCUGAUGAGGUUCCAUGGAAAUACAACAGAUCCACCAUGUCGUCCCCCUUUCUGACAUCAUCCAUACUACCCAGGAGGAAAUACAACAGAUUCACCAAGUCAUCCUCAUCCACCCAUAGAGGAGGGCCUCUCAGACAGAUGGAGGGGACUGAUAUUGGACACGCCUCUCAGGUGGAAUCAGG